AGAAUUGGGCACAUUUGCCCUUCACUCGGUAGCUAGGUGCGCAACUCAUCAACUACAUAUCAACUCACGCGCCUGAGUGAGCGAAAGAGGAGAGGCGAGGAGGAGGCUCUUUUAUCACAAUUCCCGUGGGAAAUGCAAGCCGUCAGGAAGAUGGCGUCGGCAUCAAACAUCUACUCAGCUCCGGCUCUAACGUUUGAGCUCGUGGCAAAAUGCUCUACGACGAGAGCACGUGCCUCUAACUUGACUUUACCUCAUGGACCGGUUCAACUUCCCAUGUUCAUGCCAGUAGCAACUCAGGCGUCUCUGAAGGGCCUUACUCCUGAGCAGCUCGAAGAGACUGGCUGUCGGCUGUGCUUGAACAACACCUACCAUCUCGGCCUGAAACCAGGACAAGAGGUGCUGGAUGUCAUCGGCGGCGCACAUAAGCUACAAGGAUGGAAGCACAACAUUCUAACUGAUAGUGGAGGCUUCCAGAUGGUCAGCCUCCUCAAGCUCGCAACUAUUACCGAGAAAGGAGUUGAGUUCCUGAGUCCUCAUGAUGGCUCGCCUAUGCUCCUCACCCCGGAGCAUUCCAUGUCAUUACAGAACAGCAUUGGUAGUGACAUCAUGAUGCAGCUUGAUGAUGUCCUCGUUACCACCUCGCCUGACGCAGCCCGCAUGCGCGAGGCCAUGGAGCGCAGUGUACGAUGGCUCGACAGGUGCAUUGCAGCGCACAAAAACCCGGACCGACAAAACCUUUUCUGCAUCAUCCAGGGCGGCUUAGAUCUUGAGAUGCGCCGGGAGUGCUGCAGAGAGAUGCUGGCACGCGACACCCCCGGAAUCGCCAUAGGAGGACUCAGCGGCGGAGAGGCCAAGAUGGACUACUGCCGGGUCGUGGAGGCAUGCACCGCAUUGCUCCCAGACCUGAAGCCUCGCUAUGUCAUGGGUAUCGGGUAUCCUGAAGACCUUGUCGUGAGCGUUGCCCUUGGCGCUGACAUGUUCGAUUGUGUGUGGCCCACCAGAACGGCACGGUUCGGCAACGCAGUCACCAAGCACGGGGUCCUCAACCUCCGCAAUAAAAAAUUCGCCAGUGACUUUGGCCCCCUCGAAGACGGUUGUGGCUGCAUGUGCUGCAGGUCCAAGUCGGAGGGGGGUAUGGGAAUAAGCCGAGCAUUCGUUCACCACAAUGCCAGCAAGGAGACGGUGGCGGCCCAUCUGUUGACCAUUCACAACGUUUUCUAUCAGCUCAACCUUAUGCGCAAUGUACGUCAAGCCAUCAUCGAGGACAGAUUCCCGCCAUUUGUGCGCCAGUUUUUUGCUUGGCUGUACCCUGAGAAGACAGAGUAUCCGGAAUGGGCGGUUGGGGCACUGAAGGGUGUCGGUAUAGACUUGACCUCAGAAUAGACUCAAUCAAUCAGGUGAAAUGAGAAACAAUACAGUUCCAUUAGACAUGCUAUGUUGAUGGUAUAUGAUGUAAAGUUCUAUGUACGGUUGGG